AUGUCGUCACCGGAAUCGGUCUUUCUAGAAGAUUUCGGGCAGACGGUUGAUCUCACGCGCCGCAUCCGCGAGGUUCUGCUCAACUAUCCGGAGGGAACCACCGUCCUCAAGGAGCUCAUACAGAACGCUGAUGACGCCGGCGCCACCACCGUCUCGCUCUGCCUCGAUCGCCGCUCCCACGCCGGCGACUCGCUGCUUGCCAACUCCCUCGCGCAGUGGCAGGGACCCGCGCUGCUGGCCUACAACGACGCUGUUUUCACCGAGGACGAUUUCGUUAGCAUCUCCAAGAUCGGAGGGAGCACCAAGCAUGGACAGGCCUCGAAGACCGGUCGCUUCGGGAAGAAGCUGGAAUUUCUGUACUGCAAUGCCAAGCUUCUGAAAAUGAGAUUGACAUGUUGGAAUGUCAUGAUGGUUUCAUUAAUAAACUUAAUGGGGGAUGUUGUUGAAUUUGAAUAUUUGUCAUUACCGGUUGGCUUCAACUCAGUGUACCAUUUGACAGAUCUUCCCUCUUUUGUGAGCGGCAAAUAUGUUGUAUUGUUUGAUCCUCAGGGUGUUUAUCUUCCAAGAGUAUCUGCAGCAAAUCCUGGGAAGCGGAUUGAUUUCACUGGCUCAUCUAUCCUGUCACUCUACAGGGACCAGUUUUCCCCAUAUUGUGCUUUUGGUUGUGAUAUGCAAAGUCCUUUUUCUGGAACUUUAUUCCGUUUUCCUUUGAGGAAUGCAGACCAGGCAGCCAAAAGUAAGCUUUCAAGACAAGCAUAUUUACCUGAAGACAUUUCCUCCAUGUUUGUUCAGCUCUUUGAAGAAGGAGUUUUGACACUUCUCUUUCUUAAGAGUGUGCUGUGCAUUGAAAUGUAUUUUUGGGAUGCUGGAGAACCAGAACCAAAGAAAAUCCAUUCAUGUUCUGUCAGUUCAGUAACUGAUGAUACAGUUUGGCAUCGACAGACACUGCUCAGAUUAUCUAAGCGUUUAAAUACCACUGCUGAAAUGGAUGCAUUUCCGUUGGACUUCUUAAGCGAGAGAAUAAGUGGAGAUAAAGCUGAGAAGCAAACUGAGAGAUUUUAUGUGGUGCAAACCAUGGCCGCCGCUUCUAGUAGGAUUGGAUCUUUUGCUACCACGGCAUCAAAAGAUUAUGACAUUCAUUUGCUGCCAUGGGCAUCAAUUGCAGCAUGCAUUUCUGAAAAUUCACCCAAUGUCUUCAAGAUGGCAUGGGGAAGGGCUCUCCCUAAGUUACCCCUUGACAAUAUUCUUAGGACCGGUCAAGCAUUCUGUUUUCUUCCACUGCCUGUUAGAACUGGCCUUAGUGUACAAGUCAAUGGAUUCUUUGAGGUGUCAUCAAAUCGUCGUGGCAUCUGGUAUGGUGAUGACAUGGACAGAAGUGGAAAAGUUCGUUCUAUCUGGAAUAGGCUUCUUCUGGAAGAUCUCGUAGCUCCUGCUUUUAUGCAUAUGCUACUUGGUAUUAAAGAAUUGCUAGGGCCAACAAACAUUUAUUAUUCUUUAUGGCCUAUUGGAACUUUUGAAGAGCCAUGGAGUAUUUUGGUUAGACAAAUAUACAAUAAUAUUGGUAAUGCUCCAGUUAUGUAUUCAGAUGUCAAUGGAGGAAGAUGGGUAUCACCAAGUGAAGCCUUUCUUCAUGAUGAAAAAUUUACCAAAAGUGAAGACCUCGGUUUGGCUCUGAUGCAGCUGGGAAUGCCAAUUGUGCAUUUGCCUAAUUCAUUGUUUGAUAUGCUUUUACAAUAUAGUUCAAGCAAGGUGGUUACAUCUGGUACAGUACGUCAAUUUCUUAGGGAAUGUGCUACAUUUAAUUAUUUGAGUAGACAGUACAAGCUUCUAUUGCUGGAAUAUUGCCUAGAGGACUUGGUUGAUGAUGAUGUUGGUAAAGAGGCUUAUGAUCUACCUUUACUUCCUUUAGCCAAUGGCAAUUUUGCAUCAUUUUCAGAAGCAUCAAAAGGAGUCUCUUAUUUCAUUUGUGAUGAAUUAGAAUACAAGCUAUUGCAGCCGGUUUCUUAUAGAGUAAUUGAUCAGAACAUUGCUCCCAAUAUGUUGAGCAGGCUCUCUGGUAUUGCAAAGUCUUCAAAGACCAAUGUUAUUCUUUGUAGUAUUCACCAGUUUGCACAGCUAUUCCCUGCAUUUUUGCCAGGUGACUGGAAAUAUAAAAGUAAAGUGUUCUGGAACCCUGACUCUUGUCAAAAGCCAACGUCAUCAUGGUUUCUGUUAUUUUGGCAAUAUCUAGGAAAGCAUACUGAAAUAUUACCACUAUUUAGUGAUUGGCCAAUAUUGCCUUCCACAUCAGGGCAUCUGCUAAGACCUUCUAAGCAAUUGAAAAUGAUCAAAGGAAGCAAUAUAUCUGAUAUGGUAAAGGAUAUCCUUGUAAAAGUUGGAUGUAAUAUAUUGAAUCCAAAUUAUGUAAUUGAACAUUCAGAUAUAUCUAGUUAUGUAUGUGAUGACAGUGCAGCAGGUGUUCUGGAAUCAAUAUUUAAUGCAGUUUCUAGUCCUGAUGUUGUGAAUGCUUCAUUUGAUAGUCUAGUAACUGAAGAAAGAAAUGAACUCCGAAGAUUUCUUCUUGACCCUAAAUGGUAUGUUGGACACUCUAUGGAUGAAUUUAGCAUAAGGUUUUGCAAGAGAUUACCUAUAUUUAGAGUCUAUGGAAGAGAUUCUGUUGAAGAUUUCCAAUUCUCUAUCUUAGAAAAUCCUCAAAAGUACUUACCACCAUUGGAUGUGCCAGAGAUUAUUUUGGUGGGCAUUGAGUUCAUGGUCAAGUCCUCAAAAGUUGAAGAGGAUAUUUUGUCUAGAUGUUAUGGAGUUAAGAGAAUGGGUAAAGCACAGUUUUACAUGCAGCAUGUUUUUAAUAGAGUUGGUGAGUUGCAAGCUGAUGUUCGGGAUAGCAUAAUGUUAUCAGUUCUACAAAAUUUGCCACUUUUGUCCCUUGAAGAUGUAACUAUCAAGGACUCAUUAAAAAAUUUGAAAUUCAUACCGACACUCACUGGUACUCUUAAGUGUCCUUCCGUUUUAUAUGAUCCUGGUAAUGAAGAACUAUAUGCGUUACUAGAAGAAACAGAUAGUUUCCCCACUGGUGCCUUUCGAGAAUCUGAAAUACUUAAUAUUCUACGAGGCCUGGGACUUAGAACUUCUGUUUCUCCAGAUGCUGUUUUAGAAUGUGCUCGAUGCAUAGAGCGUUUAAUGCAUGAGGAUCAACAAAAGGCAUGUUCAAGAGGUAAAGUGCUUUUCUCUUACCUUGAAGUUAAUGCAUUAAAGUGGCUUCCUGAUCAAGAUGUCGAUAAUAAAGGAGCAGUUAACCGAAUAUUGUCACGAGCGACAACUGCAUUUAGGUCUCGCAACACAAAAUCUGGUCUUGAAAAAUUUUGGAAUGACCUACGGCUGAUUUCCUGGUGCCCAGUUUUAGUCACUACUCCUUUUCAAUCAUUACCAUGGCCAGUUGUAUCAUCAAUGGUUGCUCCUCCAAAACUUGUAAGGCCACUGAAUGAUUUGUGGCUUGUCUCAGCUAGCAUGCGGAUAUUGGAUGCCGAAUGUUCUUCCACAGCUUUAUUGUAUGGCCUGGGAUGGAUGUCUCCACCUGGAGGAGGUGUAAUUGCCGCACAGUUACUAGAGCUUGGGAAGAACAAUGAAAUUGUGUCUGAUCAAGUUCUUAGGCAGGAGUUAGCCUUGUCAAUGCCGAGAAUAUACUCAAUACUGACUGGAAUGAUGUCUUCAGAUGAGAUUGAGAUUGUAAAAGCUGUUCUUGAAGGAUGUCGAUGGAUUUGGGUGGGGGACGGAUUUGCAACUUCUGAAGAAGUUGUUCUAGAUGGUCCUCUUCAUUUGGCUCCAUAUAUUCGUGUUAUCCCAGUUGAUUUGGCAGUUUUCAAAAAAUUGUUUCUAGAACUUGGUAUUCGUGAAUAUUUGCAACCUGCUGAUUAUGCAAAUAUUCUUCAUCGGAUGGCACUUAGAAAAGGAUCAUCUCCACUUGAUACACAGGAGAUAAGGGCUGUCACGCUAAUUGUGCAUCAUUUAGCUGACGUUUAUCAUCAUGAACAAAAGGUCCAGCUCUAUCUGCCAGAUGUGUCAGGUAGACUAUUUCUUGCUGGUGACUUGGUUUAUAAUGAUGCCCCCUGGCUGCUUGGUUCAGAUGAUCCCAAUGGCUCCUUUGGAAAUGCACCAACUGUGGCUUGGAAUGCAAAGAGAGCAGUUCAGAAAUUUGUGCAUGGAAAUAUUUCUAAUGAUGUAGCAGAAAAGCUUGGAGUCUGCUCUCUUCGACGGAUGUUGCUGGCCGAGAGUUCAGAUUCAAUGAAUUUUGGCUUGUCUGGAGCUGCUGAGGCUUUUGGGCAGCACGAGGCUUUGACUACGAGGCUUAAGCAUAUACUUGAAAUGUAUGCUGAUGGACCUGGGACCCUAUUUGAGCUGGUACAAAAUGCAGAAGAUGCAGGAGCUUCUGAAGUAAUAUUUCUUUUGGAUAAUUCUCACUAUGGGACUUCUUCUGUUCUUUCUCCUGAAAUGGCUGAUUGGCAAGGCCCUGCUCUAUACUGUUUCAAUGACUCAGUUUUUAGUCCGCAAGAUCUUUAUGCAAUAUCUCGUAUUGGUCAAGAAAGUAAACUGGAGAAGGCUUUUGCUAUUGGAAGAUUUGGACUAGGAUUUAAUUGCGUCUAUCACUUUACAGACAUUCCUAUGUUUGUUUCUGGAGAAAAUAUUGUAAUGUUUGACCCUCAUGCCAGCAAUUUGCCUGGGAUUUCUCCUUCGCACCCUGGCUUACGAAUUAAGUUUGUGGGACGGCAGAUUUUGGAGCAAUUUCCUGAUCAAUUUUCCCCAAUGCUACAUUUUGGCUGUGAUUUGCAGCAUCCUUUUCCUGGUACACUAUUUCGAUUCCCUCUUAGAACUGCAGGUGUUGCCUCCCGAAGCCAAAUCAAAAAGGAAAUUUAUACACCUGAAGAUGUCAGAUCUCUUUUCGCUUCUUUUUCUGAGGUUGUUUCUGAAACAUUACUUUUCCUGCGCAAUGUGAAAUCUAUCUCUAUUUUUGUGAAGGAAGGAACAGUGAAUGAAAUGUGCCUACUGCACCGUGUAUGCAGAACCUGUAUUGGUGAGCCUGAAAUUGGAUCUGCUGAAGGCCAGGAUGUGUUCAACUUCUACAAGGAAAGUAGACGUGUUGGAAUGAAUAGAGUUCAGUUUCUGAAGAAACUAAGCCUAUCCAGUGGUAGAGAUUUGCCUUAUAAAUGCCAGAAGAUCCUUAUUACAGAGCAAAGCCCAUCUAGUCGCAAUUCACACUAUUGGAUAACCACAGAAUGUUUAGGUGAUGGGAAUGCUCAAAAGAAAACAUUUGAAACAGCCAAUAGUAACUGUUACAAUUUUGUUCCUUGGGCAUGUGUUGCUGCAUAUUUGAAUUGUGUUAAGUUUGAUGUUGACCUGGUUGAAGGUUCAAAGGUGGAGGAUGAUUGCAUGGCUUCUCCUGAUUUGUUUCAAAGUGUUAGUUUGCCUAACCAUCUGAUGGAAAAUUUUGAAGGUCGUGCAUUCUGCUUUUUACCUUUACCAAUCAAUACUGGUCUUCCUACUCAUGUAAAUGCAUACUUUGAAUUAUCAUCAAAUAGAAGAGAUAUCUGGUUCGGCUCUGAUAUGACUGGAGGUGGAAGAAAACGCUCAGACUGGAAUAUUUACCUCCUUGAAAAUGUUGUUGCCCCUGCAUAUGGUCGUUUGCUUGAGAAGAUAGCAUCAGAGAUUGGCCCUUGCAAUUUGUUCUUCUCAUUAUGGCCAGCAACGUUAGGUUUAGAACCUUGGGCAUCAGCAGUAAGGAAACUCUAUCAAUUUGUUGCUGAGUUUAAUCUCCGUGUAUUAUAUACUGAAGCUAGAGGAGGUCAGUGGAUUUCAACCAAACAUGCUAUAUUUCCUGAUUUUACUUUCCCCAAGGCAGCUGAUCUUAUAAAAGCGCUAUCUGGGGCUUCUCUACCUGUCAUCACACUUCCCCAGACACUUUCUGAAAGGUUUAUGGAAAUCUGUCCAUCAUUGCAUUUUCUGACACCAAAGUUGUUACGGACCUCUUUAAUCAAAAGGAAGCGCGAAUUCAAAGACAGGGAUGCAAUGAUUCUGACUCUUGAAUAUUGCUUAUAUGACUUACAAAAAUCCUUGCAGUGUGAUGCCCUAUGUGGCUUGCCCUUGUUACCAGUUGCAGAUGGUUCCUUUACAUCAAUUGAUAUGAAGGGAGUUGGGGAAAGAGUUUACAUUGCACGUGGUGAUGAAUAUGGCCUUUUGAAAGAUUUCAUUCCACAUCAACUUGUAGAUAGUGCUAUUCCAGAAGAAGUCCAUAGAAAACUUUGUUACAUUGCCCAAACAGAUAGCACAAACAUUUCUUUCUUGUCAUGCCAAUUGCUUGAGAAACUUCUUGUGAAAUUACUUCCUGUAGAGUGGCAACAUGCUCGACAAGUAAGUUGGACUCCUGGUAUUAAUGGCCAACCAAGUAUAGAAUGGUUGCAACUACUGUGGAACUAUCUUAAAUCAUAUUGUGAUGAUCUUAUCCUUUUUUCUAAAUGGCCUAUAUUGCCAGUUGGGGAUGACUGCCUGAUGCAGUUAAGACAAAAAUUGAAUGUGAUAAGAAAUGAUGGAUGGAGUGAGAAGAUGUCUUCUUUAUUAGUUAAGGUUGGAUGUUUAUUCUUGAGAUGUGAUCUGUUAUUGGAUCACCCUAAAUUGGAAUACUUUGUGCAGCCGGCAACAGCAAGAGGUGUAUUAAAUGUGUUUCUGGCAAUUGCUUGGGAACCACAGAAGAUUGAGGGGAUCUUUACUGAUGUAUCCGAAGGGGAGCUUCAUGAACUCAGAAGUUUUAUUCUCCAAACAAAAUGGUUCUCUGAAGAGCAUAUUGAUGACACACAUAUUGAAAUCAUCAGACAUCUUCCAAUAUUUGAAUCGUACAAAAGCAGAAAACUUGUAAGUUUGAGUUAUCCUAUUAAAUGGCUUGGUCCUACUAGUGUUUCUGAAGAUCUUUUAAAUGAUAACUUCAUUAAAACUGAAUCGGAAAUGGAGCGGGUGAUUAUGAAAAGGUAUUUAGGGAUGAAAGAACCAACCAAAGUGGAAUUCUACAAUGAUCACAUUUUCAGUAACAUGUCAGAGUUCCUUUCGAAGCAAGAAGUUGUUUCAGCUAUUCUGCAUGACGUACAACAUUUGAUUAAAGAGGAUCUCUCUCUCAAGUCUUCAUUCUCAUGUGCACAAUUUGUUCAGGCAGCCAAUGGAUCUUGGCAACAACCAUCUAGGUAA